AUAUAUACUUUAGCCACAUCAGGUAAUUCCGUUAUUUUUAUUUAAGGAAACAAUGAAAACCAUUUAUGAUUAAUUUAUGGUUAGUUUAAUAAAAAGUUUAUUAUAUAUUUAUAUGGACCAAUAUAUUUUUUAAAGGAUUCUAAAAAUGAUUGUGGUGAUGACAUGUGACUACAAAAAUAUGUUGUAAUGAUUCUCUUUUAAUAUAUAAGAUAUUUGUAACUUACAACCUUCCCUGUAGCUUUCUAUAAAUUUCCCAAGCAAAACACUUUCUUUCAAAGAAUUAUCUAUACGAUGGAUCACUUAAAUACAAACUUUACCGCAUCCAUGAUCGAGGCUCUCAUGAAUUCUCCCUCUUCCGAUUCCUGGCCGCCACUCUCUCCGGCGAAUCCCAGCCCGGACAGUGCUCUCCAGAAGCGGUUACAAGCUGUGUUAAAUGGAACACACGAAGCUUGGACCUACGUCAUUUUCUGGACACCGUCGUACUACGACUUUUCCGGCGACUCGGUGCUCAAAUGGGGAGACGGAAUUUACAAAGGCGAAGAAGCUGAUAAGACUCGGCGGAGGAGGAGGACGGUGGCGGAGAAUGAGCACCGCAGUACCAUUUUGCGGGAGCUUAGCUCGAUGAUCUCCGACGAAGCUUUGCUAGUGAUGGGGGACGAAGACGAUCUGGAAGUUUCGGAUCCAUCGUGGUUUUAUUUGACUUCGAUGACGGUUAGCUUCGGUAGUGGGUCCGGGUUACCGGGUAAGGCGUUCGCUACAUAUAAACCAGUUUGGGUAACCGGGUCGGAUCAUAUAAUGGGGUCGGGUUGUGAUCGUGCUAAAAAGGGUGGUGAUUUAGGGUUGCAAACCAUCGUAUGUAUUCCUUUGGAUAACGGAGUGUUGGAGCUAGGAUCCACCGCGGAGAUCCAACAAACCCCGGAUCUUUUUAAUAAGAUCCGAGUCGUUUUUAGUUUCGAAGGAUCCAGAGAUUUUUCGGGUGACCCGAAUUCAAACUCCUUCCCGCUUUUCUCAACUCAGUUAGAUAACGGUGGUGGUUCAAGUACCGUAACCUUUAGCCCGUAUCCUGGUCCAUUUUAUCCACAAAUCCUGAAUACUUUAUCUCAGGAAAUAAAUUUCAACACGUUAGAGGGAGAUCACUCCGGCGAAAUACAUAGUACGAACCGGAAUGCUUAUCCCGGUCAGAUACAAAACGAUGACGGGCACAUUGAUGAUUUCGUUCACUCUGACAUAGAAGCUACCGUGGCGCCGGAUAACAAACGGAAAAAGAAACGCGGGAGAAAACUUGCAAACGGUAGGAAAGAGCCGUUGAAUCACGUACAAGCGGAGCGGUUGAGACGCGAGAAGCUAAACAUGCAAUUUUAUGCGUUACGAGCGACUGUGCCAAACGUAUCAAAGAUGGACAAAGCAUCGUUGCUAGGAGACGCGAUUUGUUACAUCAACGAGCUGAAAUCGAGGGCGGAAAACGCGGAAUCAAAGAAAAACGCGAUUCAAAUGGAGCUCAACAAACUUAGAGAGGAGAUCGCUGGACGAAACGCGGUCUCCAGCGUCUGUAGGGGCGAGGGAAACGCAUCGGAGAAUGAAACGGCUAAUAUUGACGUGAAGAUUCUUGGUUGCGAUGCGAUGGUUAGGUUGGAAUCGAGCAAGAGAAAUCAUCCUGCAGCGAGACUGAUGAAUGCGUUUAUGGAUUUGGAUGUUGAGUUGAAUCAUGCUAGCAUUUCGGUGAUUCAUGAUCUUAUGAUUCAACAAGCUACGGUGAAGAUGGGAUCGAGAAUGUACACGCAAGACCAGCUUCGGGCCAUGUUGGUCUCCAAAAUUAAUUAGGGAUAUGUUUUUGAGAAUGUUGUGAUUCUUCUCGUGAAUUUACAAACCUAAACACUCAACAUUGGUAAGAAUAUUUGUGGUUUUAAAGAUCGAGUUUGGGUUUCCAUAUUUAUCGGCGCCUCGGGGGUGGUGGUGCAUCUUUUAAACUCCAAAAUAGUAUACCUCACGAUCGGUACGUAAAGAGAAGAUUGAUUUGGUCUUACGUAACUUGAGGACACGUAUAAGAUUUAAAACACUAAAAACAACAUUAUUUCUUUUAACGUUGUUGCAUGAAUCUUAAAAUGGUAUCUCAACAACUCAUUAAAUUAUUUUAGCAAAAAAACAACUAAUUAAAUAAGAAAUAAUAUUAUAAUAUUUUUAGGUAUCGAAAACCAUUCGAAAUGGAUUUUGCAUCCACUUUUUUUUCAUCCACAUUACGUGGUCUCGUAACAUAUAUAGACAUGUCCAUACUUUUCUAGGAAAACUAUAAAUUAUUGUAAUUUACAUUUGAGAAAUUGAUUGAAAUAUACUAAUUUGCAUACUAUUUUCAAAAAUACAUUAAUAUUUGGGUAUAUUGUUUAGUAAUAAUUAUUUAGGGUUUUAAUAUUUAGGGGUGGAUCUGAUUUAUAAACUUCUAUAUAUAAAUAAUUUUUAAAUAUUUAUCAAUGAUUUAGGAGGGUUAAUUUUAUCUUUUUCAUAAUAAAUUUAUGGUAUUUAUGAAAAUAAUUAUCAUUUAAAGAUAAAUUUGAAAAUCGGUAGUAAAUAGAGAUAAAGUUAGACUUCUUUUAAAUUUUAGCUAUUUUGCAUUUACUUUAUGGAUUUGAAAGAUUUUUCCCACACGAAUUUUUUGAGUAAAAUGUUUUAUAUAAUUAAGUUGAUCAAAAAUUAUUUCAUUCUUUUGUUUUGGUGUAUCAUAAAUACUUAAGCCAUCAAAGCAUCUGAUGAUAUUUAGGUGAAUUUAUAAAGAAUGAAAUGAU